CCAAAGCAUAUCAGUUGCAUGCAAAGCUCUUGAACCUUGACUGCAGAAAUCCUAAACAUAUUUAUACUGAGAUUCAUAGUAUCAUUACACCUUUGCUGUAGGGGCUAUAGUGUCACAAUGCAUAAGGCAUAAUUAAAUUAAAUCCUACCGAAAUAUGAGUCAAUUGUUCCACCAAUAGACAUCAAAAGCAGAAAGUGUUAUCGACAAACUUUACCUACGGCGGUGUUUGAAUUCAACUAGAGGGAGAAAGCCGUGGAAAAAUUGGGUGACUGGCAUAAGGUUCACUCUAUUUUAGGAAUAGAAAAUAUCAAACCAUAUGAGUUCUGUCAAAUGGUGAACAGCAAGAGAAAGACCAGAAGGAUAGUUAUCCUUAACUGGUCCACCAGUUUCAUGCUGUCUGUCUUCCUCUUCUGCUCAUUGCUUUUCACUUCUAGUUUUAAGCAUUGCUCAGCCACAGAUGCUAUAACCAUUAACAAAUUCUUGCAAGAUGGGGGAGGGGAUACUCUAAUUUCAAAAGGAGUAAAGUUUGAGCUGGGAUUUUUCACUCCUAAUGGCAGCUCUAGUGGGAGAAGAUAUGUGGGCAUAUGGUACUACAAGUUUACUCCUUUAACAGUUGUGUGGGUUGCUAACCGAGACAAGCCGCUUCUAGAUUCUUGGGGUGCUUUUGGCAUUGGUGAAGAUGGGAAUCUAAAGGUUUUGGACAGAAGGGGGAAAGCCUGCUGGGGCACAAAACUUGAAGGAUCAGCUUCACAACACAGAACAUUGAAGAUAAUGGACAGUGGGAACCUUAUUGUCAGUGAUGAAGUUGGAGGCCAAGAGGAUCAUCAAGUGAAGAUUCUGUGGCAGAGUUUUGCUAAUCCAACAGAUACAUUCCUUCCUGGAAUGAAAAUGGAUGGCAAUUUAGCACUAACAUCAUGGAGAAGUUAUGAAGACCCUGCAACAGGGAACUUCACUUUUGUGCAUUGUCAAGGAGAGAAUCAGUUCGUCAUAUGGAAGAGGUCCAUCAAGUAUUGGAAAAGCAGUGUUUCAAGUAGGUUUGCAGGAAGCGAUGAGAUGUCUCCAGCAAUAUCUUACUUGCUUUCAAAUUUCACCCUGAGAGUAUCCCCAAACGACACUGUUCCCUUUCUCACUUCAGCACUUUAUCGUGACACAAGGUUGGUCAUGACACACUGGGGUCAACUUAAGUACAUGAAAAUGGAUUCAGAGAAAGUGUGGUUGUUGGUUUGGGUGGAGCCAAGAGAUAGAUGCAGUGUGUUCAAUGCCUGUGGAAACUUUGGAAGCUGUAAUAGCAAGUUUGACUCCAUGUGCAAGUGUUUGCCUGGGUACAAGCCUAAUUCAAUUGAGAGUUGGAAUGCUGGAGACUUUUCAGGUGGAUGCAGCAGAAAAACAAAUGUCUGCAGUGGGGAUGCUACGAAAGCUACAUUUUUGAGUUUGAAAAUGAUGAAAGUAGGGAACCCGGAUGCUCAAUUUAAUGCCAAUAAUGAAGAGGAAUGCAAAUCAGAGUGUCUAAACAAUUGCCAGUGCUAUGCAUAUUCGUAUCAAAGCGCCCAAAAGGAUGCUGUUUGCUGGAUUUGGUAUGAGGACUUGAACAAUCUUGAAGAAGAGUACGAGGAUGGGUGUGACCUGCAUGUUCGCGUGGCAUUUUCUGAUAUAGAAUCCACUGGGAACAGCUGUGGAACUUGUGGUACAAAUUUCAUUCCAUAUCCCCUAAGCACAGGACCAAGUUGUGGUGACCCAAUGUACUUCAGUUUUCAAUGCAACAACUCCUCUGGUGAGCUUGAUUUUAAAAUUCCAGGGGGAACUUAUCAAGUGAUUAGCAUAAACCCAGACACACGAAAAUUCUUGAUCCACAUAAAAGAUGUACUUAACUGUGAUCAGAUUUCAAGGGAUAAGUCUCUGUCUCUCAAUCAGUCAUUUCCAUUUCACCUUACUGGCCAUUGUCAUGCUGAUCCAAGCAUUUUUAGUUCUAAUGCUCCCAUGAAACAAGGAGUAGAGAUAGAACUCAGUUGGGAGCCCCCAACUGAGCCUAUGUGCUCUUCGUUGUUGGACUGCAAGGAUUGGCCAAAUUCAACUUGCAACACUACCAGAGAUGGCAAGAAGGGAUGUCUUUGCAACACAAACUUUAUUUGGGAUGGAUUGAAAUUAAACUGCACUCUAGAUGGCAAUAAUAUCUAUCAAUCAGAAAGGCAACUGUCCUUACCAAAGAUCAUUGUAAUAACUUUUACAACUGUGAUUGGUUUAAUUCUUCUGUCAACUACUGUUACAUGUGUUUACUUGAGGAAGAGGAGACAGAGAAAACCACAAGAUAGCAGGGGAUAUGUUCAGAAAAACUCAGGGAUUAACUUGUAUGACAGUGACAGAUAUGUCAGAGAAUUAAUUGAAUCUGGUAGGUUCAAAGAAGAGGAUGGGCAGGCCAUAGAUAUUCCAUUUUUCAAUUUAGAAAGCAUACUUGGAGCCACUAACAAUUUUGCAAACGCUAACAAGCUUGGACAAGGAGGGUUUGGUCCUGUCUACAAGGGAAAAUUUCCAGGAGGAAAAGAAAUAGCGGUGAAGAGACUCUCAAGUUGUUCUGGACAAGGUUUAGAAGAAUUUAAAAACGAAGUUGUGUUGAUUGCAAAGCUUCAACAUAGAAACCUGGUGAGACUUCUGGGGUACUGUGUGGAAGGAGAUGAAAAGAUGCUGGUAUAUGAAUAUAUGCCAAAUAGAAGCUUGGAUGCUUUCAUUUUUGACCAGAAGCUGUGUGUUCAAUUAGACUGGGAUAUGCGCUUCAAGAUUAUUCUGGGGAUUGCUCGAGGGCUCCUUUACUUGCAUGAAGAUUCUAGGUUGAGGAUUAUUCAUAGGGACUUGAAAACAAGUAACAUUCUACUAGAUGAAGAGAAGAAUCCUAAAAUCUCAGACUUUGGCUUAGCCAGAAUAUUUGGAGGAACAGAGACAGUAGCUAACACAGAUAGAGUGGUUGGAACAUAUGGAUAUAUGUCUCCAGAGUAUGCUCUUGAUGGACACUUUUCAGUCAAGUCUGACGUCUUUAGCUUUGGUGUGGUGGUACUUGAGAUUAUCAGUGGAAAAAGGAACACAGGAUUUUAUCAAGCAGAACAUAAAUUGAGUCUUCUGGGAUAUGCAUGGCUUUUGUGGAAAGAAGGAAGGGAAUUGGAAUUCAUGGAUCAAACACUAAGUCAAACAUGCAAUGCAGAUGAAUGCUUGAAAUGUUUGAAUGUGGGGCUUUUGUGCUUACAAGAAGAUCCAGAUGAACGUCCUACAAUGUCAAAUGUGGUUUUCAUGCUUGGUAGUGAAUCUAACACUCUUCCAAGUCCGAAGGAACCAGCCUUUGUUAUCAGAAGAUGCCCUUCAAGUAGAGCAUCUACUUCGAGUAAACUUGAAACCUUUUCACGUAAUGAAUUGACAGUCACUAUAGAACAUGGCAGGUAGAAAAUUAUCCUUGGCCAAAAUAUCUUGAACAUGUUAUUUCUCUACUAUUGCUUGUCACUUUCUCAUGAUCCAUUAGUGGGGAAACUUGAAAUGGUCAAUUAGGAAACUUCUCAUGAAUUUCAUAUUUGGAUGGAAUGAGUCAUAAUGGCAAAUGCUUGUGUGGAAUUGAAAAAAGGGCCUAAACAAGUUUGUUUCUUUUGCA